AUGGUCUUCCUCGUCGUUCCACAUCUGACAAACUGUCCUCCACAUUACAUAACCUUAAGCUCAGGAGUUGCGUGUGUGGAUAGGAAGGUUAUUGAGCGCUUGCUCGAGAUUUCUCGCUGCAAAGAAAGUGGGACGAGGGCUCUGAAGUAUUUGGGCUUGGACGAGGAGAAGAACUCUUCUGGAUUUGAUUUUAGAAAUCAUUUGUUUUUUGUGAUGGUUUUGGAUCUAGAAGUAAAUUCUAUGCCUGGCAUGACUGGAUUUGAGCUUCUCCAGAAGAUCAAGGAUGGUAUUUCUUGA